AAAAUAUUUAUCUAGUAUUUGCAAAAUUACUGAUUUUCCGCCUGAAAGAUGGCAGACGAAAGACGAAUACAUCGCACGAAUGACAAUGAAAACACAUUUGAUGCAAAGCAUAUCGGAUGGGCUAGCAAUAAUAACACUAAACGCACGAGCCCGGCGUAUGCCGAUAGCGAAAGCUUUAUAAGAGAGAGACUAAAGGCCCAGGAUAAGUCAAGUAUUCUCAAUGAUAGCACUUCGCUUAGGUCCGUCGGCGAGAGUACUGGGAAAGAAAAAACUAACAACGCGCCUCGUCGUCAAAUGCUAGAUGCUUCGAAACGCUUUUCAGGGGCCGUGAGACAUAAGCAACACAUGUUUUCGCCGAGGGCAUCAACAUUAACCCCGAGGUCUGGCGUAUCUCACAACGGAAGUUUCGAUGACUCUGUAUUUUAUUCACCACAUUAUGACGAAGUUUUGCAAACAGCUCGCGGUCUAUGUCGAGAUUACAUAUGCUACAGACUAAAAAGAAGUGGCUUCCAAGGUCGCGUGGUAAUUACAAAAUACGAACCUGCCAAGGAUCAAAAUUUAUCUUUUGACGUAUUGAAAAUAGGAAAAACAUUAGAAGAUUUAUAUCCACAUUUAUUCCGAAAUCUUGCUCGUCAGCUCGGUUAUGUAUUGAGGUCUGAUGAAGAAUUGAGGACGCUUUUCGAUCGUCUCGGGUCUAAUAUAAUAGGAUCUAAUCCUGCUGAGUAUAGAUGGGGGAGAAUCCUGGCAUUGUUAGCGAUAUCUGGAUCUCUUUCUAUUGACUGCAUCGCACAGGGUCACACCGAACUAGUUGAGAACAUGGUUACCAUAUUUUGUGACUUUGUCGAAGUUCACUUACUCAACUGGAUUAUUGAACAUGGUGGAUGGGCUAGCAUGGCAAAGUUGUUUUCGGAUACAAACGAACACGACGAAUCAACUGGUGCUAUUGUUCGAAAUUUCAAAAAUUCCUGUGUUCCAAUGGUUUGCGCUAGCGCAGUUUGUGCUGGUAUUGCAAUUGUUGCAGGAACCUUGUUAGAAGUUUUGUGAGCGAUGACCAAAUUGAAUCGUUAAACUAUGUGUGGGGUUGGAGAAUCUGGAAGACUUGAAUAAGUUGGAUUCAGAAGUUUGAACGAAAACUCCAGCUACAAACGAGUUGAAUUCAGUGGUUGUUGGACUGAGUGUUGAAAGCGGAAUAAGUAACAAAGUUGUUCACCGAAACACCAAUGUGAGAAGCUAUGAUCGUCUUCAAAAUUUUGUUAAAUAAAAGUAGUGUUUCAAUGUAAAUUUAA